AUGUACAUCUCACAGCCACUCCACGCCGCACAGCUACAUACGGCGAUAUGGGUCUCUAAUUUCAGCCUGGAAUUUUCAUUCUCAUCCGUUUUGAUCACUCUUUCUUCAUACUCUACACAGAAGAAGUUGCCAUACGCCCCAUUGUCAGUCACCAUGCUUCAUGUUCUCGCAGCUAUUCUCACGACUCUAAUCCGGACGGUUGCCUGCCAAGGGGCAUGUUUCGUGCCCAACGGUACCAACAGACAUGAUUUGACCAACGCCAACAUCCAAAAGUAUGCGUCUUGCGAAAGUUCUGGACACGAUGAUUACGACACUGGCUGUCUCAGAAAGCAACUGACUAGCGAGAGCGACGUGAGUGCUGACAACCACCAAGAAUCAGACGACGGUAUACCAGGAAGCGGAAUGGAUGUUGUUAUUACCAAAUGUAGCGAUGGCAGCUAUUGCUGCGGCGAGGGCCAGAAUGCCUCAAUCUGCUGCAUGGCUGGGAGAGGAGUGUACAUCGUCGAUGGCAAAAUAAUCACCUCCUCUGCCGCUUCUUCGUCCAGCACGAUUGCCCUCACAACCUCUCUAGCGACAGUUGGAAUCACAUCCGCGAUCUCUUCUGCGAUCACUUCUGCGAUCACCUCUGCGUCUCAUUCUGCUGAUGCAAGCUCAACAUCUCUACUUACCCCAUCGAAUCCUGCUGAAUCCGCCACAAGCAACACCAACUCAACUUGGGACAAUCGAAAUGGGAUCAUUGGUGGCGCUGUGGGUGGAGGUGUUGGUCUGGCGAUAGUUGGCAUCGUGGCUGCCUUCUUUUGGUACAAGAAAAAGAAGAGGAACACAGAAACAGCGAAGUUUGAAGCAAGCCCCGAGAAGCAAAACGCCAAGAAUUGGCCGGCUUCAUCGGCUCAACUCCAGUACCGCCACGAGCUCCCAGUCAAGCCAAACCCGGUUGAGCUGGCAUCCGAACCUCCACCAGCUGAGUUAGAAUCAGAAUCACUGUCAAGAAGAUGA